GAGAGAUUAGUCUUUUCAAUUGUGUAUGGUACAUGUUCAGCGUAGGCGGAAAAAAAAAAAAAAACAACUUUUGCCUAUAAAAUGGAUCUCUAUCUAUAUAACUUUUGUGACAUAAUGUUAUUAGCAAGAAAGAUAGUAACCGACACUGCUCAGAAAAUGUGGUUAAGUGUACCAUUUGUUGUGUUCUUCUUUCUAUCUUGUGUGAAGUGUGUUGAACUCAAAGACUCAUCACCCUCUUGUUCUUUUCCUGCAAUCUACAAUUUUGGUGACUCUAACUCAGAUACUGGUGGCAUAUCAGCUGCAUUUCAGCCAAUUCCUGCACCAUAUGGUGUCGGAUUCUUCCAUAAGCCUUUUGGAAGAGACAGUGAUGGUCGUGUCAUUCUUGAUUUCAUAGCGGAGAAACUAAAGUUGCCAUAUUUAAGUGCUUAUCUGAAUUCACUUGGAACCAAUUAUAGACAUGGAGCAAAUUUUGCAACUGGUGGAUCCACCAUUAGGAAGCAGAAUGAGACAAUAUUUCAAUAUGGAAUAAGUCCAUUCUCUCUUGAUAUUCAAAUUGUGCAGUUCAACCAGUUCAAAGCAAGAACCAAGAUACUUUACCAAGAAGCCAACAAUUCAUAUGAGAGAAGCAAGCUUCCUGUGCCUGAGGAAUUCUCGAAGGCACUCUAUACAUUUGAUAUCGGUCAAAAUGAUCUCUCUGUUGGGUUUAGAAAGAUGAACUUUGACCAAAUUCGUGAAUCGAUGCCGGAUAUAGUUAACCAGUUAGCCUCUGCAGUCAAAAAUAUAUAUGAUCAAGGAGGAAGGUCAUUUUGGAUACACAACACAGGGCCCGUUGGAUGCAUGCCAGUGAACCUAUUUUACAAGCACGAUGUACCAGCUGGCUAUCUUGACCAGGCUGGAUGUGUCAAGGAUCAAAAUGUGAUAGCUGUAGAAUUCAACAAGCAGCUUAAGGACAGAGUUGUCAAGCUGAGAACAGAAGUUCCAGAAGCUGCAAUUACUUAUGUCGAUGUUUAUGCUGCAAAAUAUGGACUAAUCAGCAAUACCAAGAGUGAAGGAUUUGUGGAUCCAAUGAAGAUCUGUUGUGGAUAUCAUGUGAAUGAUACACAUAUAUGGUGUGGGAAUUUAGGAACUGCAAAUGGGAAAGAUGUGUAUGGUACUGCAUGUGAAAAACCAUCGACGUAUGUGAGCUGGGAUGGUGUUCAUUAUGCCGAAGCUGCUAAUCAUUGGGUUGCUGAUCGUAUACUCAACGGCACUUUCACUGAUCCGCCAACACCAAUUUCCCAAGCAUGUUAUAGACAUUAAAAGCAUAAGUUGGAUUAAAACCGUUUCACCUUGGAGUCCAGUGCAAGUGGUCGUCAAUCGAUGCACUUAGUGUGAGUGUUUUGAUUUCUACUGAUAAAAAUAAUAAAUAUUAGAGCCAUUUCUGUUUGCAAAUUCCUAAGGAGAAUAAGUAACAGUGAUGCAUAUGAGAAUUAUUACUGUAGUAAAUGAAAACCAUGUACUUGGAACUUCCUUGAAUGUUCUCAUACAAAACAUUCAUUGGAAAUUCUCCUUCUAUUUGAUGUGUUCAAAUGUAUGGUUGAGGCAAACAAUUUGAAAAUUGAUCUUGCCUUGAAAUUGAAUAUUUGAAAGCAUUAUCCA